AUGGGGAAAAUCACAUGGAGUUACAGUUGCGUGAUCCUGCUGGCCAUCAUUUGCUGCUGUCGAGCCAUCACUCUGGAGUCCAUCUACUGGAACAGCUCCAAUACAAAAUUCAUUCCAGGUCGGGGUCUGGUCCUCUUUCCUCAGAUAGGGGACAAGAUGGACAUCAUUUGUCCCCGUGUCUCCUCAGGAGGAAAGGAGGAGUUCUACCGCGUGUACCUUGUAACCCGCAGUCAGAUGGAGAGCUGCACCAUCGACAAGUCAGACACUCCUCUGCUCAACUGUGACAAACCCCACAGGGAUGUUAAGUUCACCUUCAAGUUUCAGGAGUUCAGCCCCAACCUCUGGGGUUUGGAGUUCCUCAAGGGAAGGGACUAUUAUAUCACCUCCACUUCUACUAGUUCUUUGCAAGGUUUGGAUAAUACUGAUGGAGGUGUGUGUAGAACCAAAUCCAUGAAGCUGGUGCUGAGAGUGGGACAGAGUUCUUCAGACCCACCUUCAGUCCUCCAGGAAUCCCCAACCAGAUUCCCACCCAAACAACCAAAGUCGAGGGCCAAAGACCCCUUUGUGAAGGAGAAGGACAUGAAAAGCAAAACGGGCUCAGAAGCAGGACAAACAGCCCCUGGUGACACUAGUGACAGCGAUGGCUCACAGCCAGGAUUAUUCAUUUGGGUUGUCUGUGGCAGCGUGAUCCUCAUUCUGGUCGUCAUGAUUUUGCUGGCCCUGCUGUGGAGGUACCACCGUCGUCAGUCUGCCCCAGAUAGCCAGCAGUCCGCCUCCUUGUCCCUCAACACCUUAGCUGUGCCCAAGCGGGACAGCGUCAGCAGCGACAACAACGGUUCAGACCGCAGCGAUGUCGUCUUUCCACUGCGGGCUUCAGACAGCAUGCUCUGUCAUCAUUAUGAACGUGUGAGCAGUGACUACGGGGCCCCUGUGUAUAUAGUUCAGGAGAUACCACCCCAGAGUCCCACUAACAUCUACUACAAAGUCUAAUGCGCUUUGCUCUCGUGGCACUCUUUUGCAAACACGCUGCUGUCCUGGAUCUGCUCUGCUGAGGACGCAUUCAGGCCACAGUGGUGAAGUUUGCAGUCGACUGCUGAUGGCACUCUUUCAAGGCGUGCAGAGUAUAGCCACAUGCAGAGCUGAGAGCUGAGCUGUGCUGACCAUAUGCUUUGGCAGACAGCU